AUGAAAUCACCACCAAAUGACGUCAUCGUCAAACGACAUCGCUAUUAUCCGCCCACCCACUCGCCUCUACAAUCUAGGGUGUACGUUGGAACAGUGAGUGGCGUUCUUAUGGUUUACCCAAAUAUCAAUAAUGACGUCAUAACGUACCGUCAGUACAACAAUUAUUCCGAACUUUCGGCUGAUGAUGAAGAGAGAAAAGAUGAAGCUGAAAAAAAUGUCUUAGAAAAAGAUACUAAACAUGAAGACGAAAUAGGUAGAAAUGAUGAUAAUUACGUCGGAAACAGUUCUGACGAGUCAGUUGGUGAUGGUGGUGGCAGUGGUCAUAGUGGUAUUGGUGGUAGUGGUAGUGGUAGUGGUGGUGCUGGCGCUAGUGUUGUAGUCGAUGAAAAUGUUACCGGCAAUGUUGAUAAUGAUCUGGCUGAGUUUCGCUUGCAAUCCUGGUUCCUGGGAAAACUGAAUCAAGCUAAACAUGUGGCCGAACUUUUGAUCAACACUUUCACCUCACAUUACUACAUCAACGUCAUAUCGUCGUCAUCCAUGAUUUGGGAUAUACAAGGUCAUCCCAUCGAUCAAACCACAACGGCUCUCAGCUGCAAAAACGCCGACGACGGCAACCAAGGCUGCGGUUUGUAUCCGGCAAAUGAUCACAACAAAAAAACAUUCCUGAGACUCAUUCACAAACUUAAGCCCCGAGGUGGCACAGACCUUCAUCGGGCGUUUGAUCUGGCAUUUGACAUGAUGAAGCUGAAUGGGAAGUCGUGUAUCAAACACAUCUACCUUAUAACUAGCGCCAGAGAUUCUGACAAAAAAGUCAGGUGUAGUUCAGGUACCAUACACUUCCUGGAAGACAAUCAGAAGAAGUUUGCAGCCGGAAAUACGUGCAAGUACAACAUGGAUAGGAUCGAGAUGGCAGUCUCCAUCAUGCAAUACUACGCUAGUCACACGAUCGAUAUCUACACCUUCGUCACCUCCAGCCAGUACGUGUCUUACAGUCGGAUAUCCAACCUGGCCUGCCACAACGGCGGCUUUUCCAUCUGGAUCAACGGCACGAACAACUACACGAAACAGCUGAGACUGUACAUAGAAGCCGUCCUCUACUCCAGUCCCAACUCCAGUUUUGAUAUUGACACCUCCACACUGCUGUCAACUGACACAAAGUCAUCCAUCCACAUCUCUCUGCCUGUUUUCAUUCUUUCUGAUGAUAAUAGGCAGGAAACCGAUGAAGAAGUGUUGACAGAGAACAGCGAAAAGAUAGUUGGUGUAGUUGGUUUCGAGCUGAGUUACACACAUCUGCACAACCUGCUGAUGAGGAAAUUGUGGAAGGGAUCUGAUGUCUUUUUGGUGCAUGCAUGGAACCUUAUGGUACCCUUGCAUCAUAAGAUGAUACCCAUCAAUGAACAAUUUCGACACGAUCUUUCUCUAAACAUGGUUGUCAACCCGACGAACUCGUUGAAAGAAUACCAACAAAUCGUAAAAACAAUAACCGACAUGACUUCACCGACUACCUUAGUCGUAACGUCCAUCCCUAAAAUACCGCUGAUUACGAUGUCGAAUACGAUAGUUACACCCGAAUAUUCGUACGAUCCGGCCGGUUCGAGUAGUCCAACUCUGACGUACCAGGAUAAAAAUAAUAUGAAUGUUGGGGACGGUAACGAGUCCUUAUUCUAUUAUUUUGCUCCGAUAAAAAAUCAACACUUCAACCUCGAAAAGAACGCGUCUUCAUUGGGGCUUAGUAUGCUGGCAUUCUGCGAUAUGGAGAUGUUCGCUGAUCAGUUCGACCCAACAAAGUUUCUGGAUCUGGAAGAUUAUUUGAAUGGGCCCAAUGAGCCCAAGAGUUCUAAAGAGUGCACACUCAUUCAACCAGAUACCAGUUUAGAGAUAGAAAUAUCCCAAACAAUGGAGGAACACUGGAAAGAUACCCUCACCCUACCAUCUCCGAAUAUCAAGAUGCGUUACGAUGACGUCAUCGACUCCAGGUACUUGCUGUCAGCCAAUGGGGUGAUGAGAGUAUUUCCGGCUGUGCACCUCAAAGCCGAUCUGCUCAUGGAUGCACAUCAUGAAGAUUGGUUCAAGGACGCGCUAGCCUACAGAUUCACACUGGCCGUGACACCAGGUAAGCACACGAGAAACUUUCAGUCGAAUAGAAGAAAUUUGAUUUCUUUGAACAGAGCUGUCCUGUACCCCUGCGGAGCGAGCACCACUGGCAAAUGUCUGACCAGCGAAAUAUGGGCAGUUGUCGGCACCAGCAUUCGCAUGAAUAUCUUUGUUUCCAGACUGGCCACACUCAUCAACAGGAAAUAUGAAAUAAGCUGUGGAACGAGUGACAUGAACUGUUACAUAAUUCGCAACAACUUGCAAGUGGUGUUUGAGUUGAGAACGGACCCACAAGCGAGCCAGCCAAGCAUCAUCGAGCUUUUCCCUGAAGAACUUCAAUUUCUGAUGAAACAUAAAAACAAGAGACAACACGACAAACAAAGACAAGAACCGUGCGUACGUCAUGCCGAUGAAUACGUAAUCGUAAAAGCCAAACACGCGAAAACCUACAACACAAGUUGUCAGAUGAGGACCGUUCACUUGGUACCGGUUUCAAACACAAACGUAUUCCUACUCGUCUUCAAAACCGCAACAACCUCAGAAAACAAGAAAUGCGCCAAGAAAUGGGUGAGCCAUUACAAAUCCGAAUACUUCAUUCAGCGGCCAUCAUUCCUUCCACCCCGACAUGGCAACAGAUCAUGUGACCUUCCUGUUUUUGUGCCCCUGCCCUGCGUGACUCCCUUGAGGGCGUGCCAGAUUCAGGGACUGACCGUCCACUUUAUUAUUGGCGCCCUGUUGACUUUUUACUUUUCUAUACAGAUUCAUGACUCGUAUUAG